AUGCCUCCUAUAGAACUAAGAAUUACAAAAAAUGUACUACAUAUCCUGCACGAGAUCCUUCGUCUAGAAUGCUCUUCUUCCAGGUCGCUUAGACUAUCGGAUGUAGUCCUCAUCGCCAUUGACUUCGAGGGCAUCAACACAAUUAAGCGUGGAUUUGCCCAGAAGAAUGAUUGCCAAGUUGGCCUCGCCAUUCUCGAUACGAAGGAAAUUAACAAAGUCUCGCCAGCCAAGCUUAUAUCGACCUACAACUUUGCCACAGGAUCUCCCUCGUACUUGAGAAAGGCUUCUGAAAAGUUCAUCUUUGGGGAGACAAUCACGAUUCAUCCAUCAGAUAUAGUAGACCGCAUUCAGUCCUUUAUCCCUCCAGCGCGAAAUAUCGUGUUUGUAGGUCAUGGAAUCAUCAGAGACCUCGGGGUUUUACGAGCUCUAGAUUUCCAGACUCCAGUACUUCUCUAGGCUGUUCUAGACACUUUCCAGGUGGCAUACAAGGUCUUUGGGUUCUGGGCUGGUUCUCUUAG